CAACCUAUAAAAUUCACUUGUUACAUUUCUUCCCUCAACACUUCGGAGGCUACAUUUUUUCUCUCGAGCGAACGAAAACCUAAACCCUGCGUGAAUCGAAUCUCCAACACCUCCAAUCAUGGCGGCUCAGAAGAUUCUCUCCACCAAAGAGGCCGAUAUUCAAAUGAUGUUGGCCGCCGAAGUCCACCUCGGCACCAAAAACUGCAAUUUUCAGAUGGAGCGCUACGUCUUCAAGCGCCGCAAUGAUGGAAUUUACAUCAUUAACCUUGGAAAGACGUGGGAGAAGCUGCAGAUGGCUGCUAGGGUUAUCGUUGGAAUUGAGAACCCACAGGACAUCAUUGUCCAGUCUGCCCGUCCCUACGGUCAGAGGGCUGUCCUGAAGUUUGCACAGUACACUGGUGCGCACGCAAUUGCCGGGCGUCACACUCCCGGAACAUUCACCAAUCAGCUGCAGACCUCUUUCAGCGAGCCGAGGCUUCUCAUCCUGACUGACCCAAGGACCGACCACCAGCCUAUUAAAGAGUCUGCUCUUCACAAGGGGAAGCACAGCAUCGGUUGCCUGUUCUGGCUCUUAGCUAGGAUGGUGCUGCAGAUGCGUGGCCUGGCUGCUCCCGGACACAAAUGGGAGAUCAUGGUUGAUCUGUUUUUCUACAGGGAGCCUGAGGAGACCAAGGAACAACAAGAGGAGGAAGUUCCGGCGCUUCCAGAUUAUGCUGAUUACACUGGUGCCGCAAUCGGCGGUGAUUGGUCGAGUGGCCAAAUCCCCGACUCGCAGUGGACUCCCGAUAUGGCUGGUGCAGUUGCACCGGUUGCAAGUGGUUGGACUGCCGAAGCAGGCGUAGUUUCUGAUGGAUGGGAUGCCGCUGCUCCACCACCAAUGGCAGUUGCUGCAGCUGUUGAUGUUGUACCGGGUGUUGCUCCUACCGGCUGGGAAUAAUCUAGUCUUUUUUCUUUUCCGCUUACGAUCAUGUUUGCUGAACUUUUUUUUUUAAUUUAUGGUCCUUUUGAAAGUGCUAUUAUGUAUUGAUAUUCGCAUACUUGGUUUUCUUUUUUGACUAUCGGAAAUUUUUGUUAGUGUAGAGACCCUUGGUUUAAAUCAAGUUUAAUGGUUUAAUUUUGCAGAGUGUAUUGC